AAAUUUGGAGUUCUAGGAAUAAUUUCUCGACAGAGAGAGAGACAGCCUCUUCUGAUCUUCUCUGCUGGAAAACCCAUACGUAUCUGUGGCUUUCUUCCAUCAACAACUAUGGUUUGGAGGUCUGAGAGCACGAACUGAUGAUACAUUCAUAUAAUAAUUAUACAUAUAUAAUUAUAUAUUUACGAGAGAUAUUCAUAUACUUACACAGAGAGAGGGAGGGAGACAAUCACUUUACUAAACUUUCUUGUUCAAUCUUUGUUUUAUUCCUCUGAGAUCUUAUGAUCUUUCCUAUACCUUUCGAAACGAGUAAUUUUUCUUUUUAAAAUUUUGAGAUUUUUCUCGUCUUCGCCAAAUUUUACGGCAAAUCGAGCUUUUAAUUUUGUUUAUAGAACCCUCGUUUUUUUUUUUUUCGGUUUGAUUCUUCGAAGUUUGGUGAAUUUACUUGUAUGGAGACGUUUGGUGAUUGAAUUUAGGGCUUUUAGAAAGUGGGAGCUACUUGAGAUGCAUUUUUAGGGUUUGAUCAGGUCGUCACUGGAGCGAACCGUGUCUAAUUUUUCAACUUUUGAACUCUCAGGGUUACAAUCAUUACUUAUAGAAUCGAAGGAUUGGAUCCAUCGAUUAUUGUUUCUAGGAAUUUGAUAUGUCGGAGAUCAUUAAAUGUAUUUUGUAGUCUGCGCAUUGAAUCUACUGAAGUAUCGGAGGGCGCACUUGAAUUUACGGGACGAUUAUUUGUUCUCAGAAAUAUAGUUUUGAGUCAGCAGACUGUAUAUUGAGAACUGUGUUUGUACUUUGUACCUGCAACGACUUGGAAAUAUAUACCAGAUUUUACGAGGAACUGAGGUUUUCUUCACUACAAGGUUACUUCUAAGUUGCAUUUCUGGUAUGAUUUUUGUUCUUUGCAGUCACGGAAUACUCCUGACAUUUUUUUACUCAUGAGCAGACGAUUGCCAGAGACUUCAGCCGUUGUCGACAAACCUUGCAAACAGAAUUGGGGCUAAACUUCAGCAUUUGAGUAUUGGCAAUAUUUUCAUUCUGAAUUGACCUAUUGAUAAACAUCUUUCUAUUUCUGGAGACCAUUUGGGUUUAAGAGGAUACUUGAUAACUUUCGAUUGGAGGACUAGGGCUUGAUUUUCAAGCUGGAGAUGAGUGCAGGGACAUGGUGAAUGGACAAGGGCAUAGCUUCAGGUCUGUUCCUGUGUUGGAACAACAGUUCAGUAAACUAGUAGAAGCUUUUUGGUCAGUGGAAGGACCCCAACUCGUCCUCUGCAGGAUCGCAUGCAAUGUCUCGCUGCUUUCCAUUUCCUCCACCGGGAUAUGAAAAGAAGAUUACAACUGAUAAUACUGGCCUUCCAAAAGAGGAGAAACGGAAAGAGAAAAGACAUAAGAAGGAUACAGAAAAGAGGGAUAGGGACAAAGACAGAAGCAGGGAAAAACACAAAGAAAAGAAGCGCAAGGAUAGUGAUAGAGAUAAACAACAAGACAGGAUUUCCAAUGAGAAGAGAAUUGGAGUGCAAGGGUGUUCUAGUGUGGAAAAUCUUGGUCCAAGGUGCUUGCAGAAUAUUGGGAUUACGAAUAAUAAAUACGUGCAGGAGUUGGCCAGAAGAAUUGGGAAUGCAGACACAACAGCAGGAAGCCAAAUGGUUGAGAAGAUUGAUCCUGCAAAAAAGAGGAAAGUUGAACAAUUGGCAGCGCCAGCAGAGAACAACAAUGGCAAUCAUACUAAAGAAGAAGGGAAACCAAAGGAUAAGAUUGGAGAUGGCAGGAGGGUCAACGGGUGUACAGACCAUUUUGUGGCAAGCUGCCUGGAAAAUGCAAUUGGUGAAAACCUUUUCGGAAUGGAUCUGAAAAGAGUUGAUGGAAUCUCCUUAUUAAAGGAGAAUCAAUUGGAUGAGAAAGAGAAGAAAAACAAGGAAAGUGGUAAGAGUGAUCGACAGAAGGAUAGACAUCAAGAAAAAACAAGAAUGCCAAUGGAUAACAAUUGGGAGAAAGAAAAGAAGAUAGAGGAGAAAGCGGAGAAGGUGAAUGGGCAAAGUAAUGGCCAUCUUAAAUCAAAAGAACACAGUGCUAGGUUAAAAGAAAGUGGUAAGGACACUGUAAAUUCAUGCAAUUUUAAGCCACCAAGACUUUCAAAGACGAGCAGUAAAACUUCUGUUGGCGAGGAAAGUGUUGGCAAAGGUAAAGAUCUAGAGUUGAAUAGUUUUUUACACGAGAAUGGCUUUCGGCCUAAUAAGUUUCCGAGACCUAUAUCUUCUCACUCAGUUGUAGAAAACGGAAAGAAAUUGGAACCAUGCCAAACUGCUUUUCGGCUUACAUCUGAGAAGCAGGGGCCAGUUCACUGCCAAACAGUGGAUGUUAAGGAACAUGGGCUUAGUAGUGUAGUAAAGGAUCAAGCACCCAAUGCAUGCUCAACAAGGUCUUCAUCUGCUGUUCUAGCAGUGCCCAGCAAUGGUGACACAUAUGCAAAGCCACCACAUCCUGAUUCCAAGUAUUUGAGUCAGAUACUUGCUGUACCCAAAGUGGAGUGGUCUGAUUUCGAUGAUCAGGAAUGGCUGUUUAGCAGUGAUCUACUGUCAAAGAAGCCCAAAGUGACUUGUAAUUUGGUUGAUAGGACACCGCAAGUGUGGGCAGAUGCUCUAAAGAUAGAUUCUGCCGAUGUUACUGCACUGCCAUAUGUCAUUCCAUACUAAUUCAUAUUGAAUGGGUUUGACCAUAGUAUUAUCCUGAGAAUCUUCUAAGCAGGUACCCCAGAAUCUGGGUCUUGACGACAUUGUUUCAUUAUCCUGGCUUGUUUUUUGUUUGCCAUUAUUAGUUCUUAGGAUACAUUGCUGAUUAGUUCUGAUCUCUGUUGGAGUAAGUUAUACUGGUUUCUGGAUUCCUUGCCCUGUAGUUGAUUUAUUUUGGGUUCUGAUUAUGAUGCUGUGGCUAGAGCAUGACAGUUGAAAAGCCCCCUGAAGUUUCAGCAGCUGAAAUCUGCAGGCUUACCUCUUACUGGUCUCACAUCAUACCGGGCUCUCCAAACUACAGGGAUCAAGCUUGAUGUAAGUGGCUGAUACAAAUGCAUUCCCCAAGCUUUGCCACUGGGAAGAUAAUCACUAGCCGUAAGUAACAUAACUGGAACGGGUUGAAAAGGCUGAAACUGUUUAGUACUUAGUUUUUUGAGGGUGCUACAACUACAAGUAGGUCCUAAUGUGACAAGAGCUUGUGUAAUGUCAAGGCGGUUUUGUGUGAUUCGGUUCGUUUGUGAUGUUUAAUGUUGUAUUUUGUAUUCAUUCAUUAAAAGGUUCAGUGGAUGCAUGAAUCUCUUUGUGGCCAAAUCCUAUGCACUCAAGAUGUUCUGUGCUUGAUUCCUAUUGGAAACAAUAUUUUUAUGGUUUCGCAUUGGGUUUUGGUC